AUGCCGAACGUGCAGGUGCCCGGUCAGCCUGGUAAUGUUCCAGCCACGAAUCCGAACACAAAUUCGGGUGGUGAUGGGAGUCAAAGCCAGGGUAGCGACAACACGCAGACGGCAAGGUUAAUCCAUGCGGUAGCGGCUGGAUGGCGUCUGAUGAUCAGCAGAAAUGUUUUAAGAUCAUCACCCCGCUGCCAUUCUGGGAUGCUGAGAAAAAAGUGCCAAAGCCUCGGCGGUCACCUGGCCACGGCCGCCACGGACAAUGAAAAUGAGUUCUUAAAAGAACUCCUCCAGGAGCGAAAGGCCACCCGGAAUCGCGACGUCUGGAUUGGGGGCAUGGAGGAAACCAACGAGAACCAGGAGCGCAUCUACCGGUGGCGCGACGGCACGGGGGUCAAGUAUGCAAAUUGGAAAAAAGGGCAGCCGUCCGGCACCGAUCGUUAUUGCAUGGUUAUUAGCCGCAACGGCGAAUGGAUCAACCGCAGAUGCUCUCAAAAUUAUCAAGGGGUUUGCCAACGGGCCGUUGGUGCUCAGGAAGUUAUGCUAAAGCCAGCAUCAUGUGAUCGAGGCUGGAAAGGAUGUGCAACUACCGAAUUCUGCUACAAGGCCCGAAAUUUGACGUAUGAAUGGACUGACGGCAGCGAGGGCAAGUUCUUCUACUGGGUGGUGAACGAGCCGAAGGGGGACGAGUGUGCGCAGAUCAUCACGGAAGGCAUCAGACGGUGGCACCAUCGCUGGGACGACAUCGCGUGUACGCAAAAAAGAGCAUCAAUUUGCAAGAAAACUGCUUCCAUUCACGCA